AUCAUUUUAAGGUAUAACCAUAAUGGCGGCAAGCGGAGCUCAAAUUAUGUUUAAUCGUAGAUAUUUGGCUAAUAAACCUCACUUUAAUGAUUAUCUAAGAGAUGAUGGUGUUAUCAACAGACUGCCGAUGAGAGGACGCCAACGAUCGGACAAUGCCAUACGAGUCAGGUUCUUGAUCAACACAUUUUCAACAACGAUGAUAGAACACUUUCCCCCCAAUCGUCCAUUGAAAGCGGAACAGUUACGUAAGAUAAUACCAGUAAAUAUUAAGAUUUAUGGCUGUUGUGAGGCAACACAGAAUACUUCACAUAAAGAUAUCUGGAAAAACGGUAAACCUGCAUUCUGGGAUAAAGAUGUUUACUUCGGGGAUCCCAACAACCUAUGCUCCAUGUUGGGGCACAAGCCAAAAAUGGAACAACUGAUUCCGAUGUAUACAGAAAUAAAAAGGCUGACUAAGAGAGAUGGUUUGCUGCUAUUUAAUCCUAAAACAGUAGAGGAUGGCUGUCUCUUGAUCCCAGAUUGUGCUGAUCAUCUGUUCGAAGAAAAUUCGUUUACGGUGAUUGUUAGAAAGACAGAUAUUGAAGGAUCAAGAGAAAAACAAAAUAUCCCGCAAUUUCAAAUUCCAAAUUGGAAUCUUCUUGGGAUUGAUGCAUAUCCUUCCACUUCUUUUGAUAGACAAGCUACGUAUGCAGAAGAAGAUAAUGUUCUAACUCCUACAAUUUCCUGUAGUUAUGCUAACACCAAUGAUGGACUGGCCAAAAGCAAAAAAAUUGAAAAAGAAGAACACCCUAUGGAAUUGGAUCAACAAACUGAACAAGAAGAAGAACCUAUGAAUUUGGAUCAAGAAAAUGAACAAGAAGAAGGAUUUUGCAAAAAGCCUAAAAAUGCUUUGCAGGAGAAACAAAGUACAGAGGAGGAAUACGUGGACGUCAAAUCAAACACGUCAAAAUCAUUUCCAACGUUUGAGAACGAUACUACCGAGAGUUCUGUUUCUUGUGAAACUGAUAUUAAUGAUUUGCAUUCGGAUUGUCGGAUACUAAACACUAGGCCGAUGCAUUGGAUGACAAACAAAGCAGCAGCAUUGAGUCAAGCAACGGAAAUCAGUUUGGGAGCUGAAAAUAAUGUUUGUGAUUUGAAUAAUCAGCAAAGACACACUCUUAAAAAUCGAUCUACCAAAAGUAGUGAAAACACUAACCAACAGGCAAGACAGUUAAAAAAUCAGCCAUUAAACACUGGGUUGAUGGUUGCCAUAAAAAGAAAUAAAAUAGAAUUAUCAACUGAGAAAAAUCAUCUUCAAAUGGAUUAUCAACAAUUUGGACAAAUGCCGGAAAAGGUAUAUUCUACUGAAACUCAGCCAUGUAAGGAAAACGCCACUUUUGAUCCAGGACAUGAAAAUAAUCCAGAACAAUUCGACGAUUUUUUCGAUACGUUUCCCGUCGACAAGGUGAAUGCUGCUCUAAUCGGGCAUAAUGACGAAAAUUUGAAUGCUUCAGCCGUUCAAUAUCAAAUGUACACGGAAGACUAAGAAAUCUAGAAAUAUCCAGCGUUGAACCAUCUAUCAAUUUUAAAUUCAACUCUCACGAUAUAUUGAAAUAAUAUCUAAUAUUUUAUUUAAUAUUCACUUCUUCUGUGUCUAGAACAAAGAGAAUUUUAAUGAAAAGAUGAUAAUAUUAUUGAUAACAGGUUUUUGUGCUCCGUAAGUUAAUUAACGAACUCUUCAAUGAGUUGUUGCAUAAGCAUUAGAUGUUGGCGCCAUACUUAGAGUCGUAAUUCGUGAUGAUCUUCUGAGAAUACUUUCUUUAAUAUUCUGUCUAAAAGUUUGUUUAAAGAUCAUGUAAACAAAACAAUUUGUUGAAUUAUUAAAGUAAUAUGAAUAUUUAAGUGAUAUAUUUAGAUUUUUCAAAUAACUAUCUAAAAUAGAAGGAAGCCAACAAAUGAAAAAUAUUAACGUCACUCCAAAAAGCAUUGUAGCUGAUUUUAUUUGACUUUUCAUUUUUCCAAUCAUUUUAUUGCUAUCAUUCGUCCGUUUCUUUUUUGUGUCUUCUAUCUUUCUUAAAGCAACCCUAAAUAUGGAUAUAUAGGCUAAAACAAUUCCGAAAAUUAGUAACAUAAAAGCAACAUGUGACAUAAUUGUUGUCAAUUUUGAAAAGGAAUUAUUCACAUUAGGUUGACAUUUUAUAUAGAUUAUAGUAGUAUUUUCAUAAAUUGUUACAUUUGAAUAGAAAAAUGAUGUAAAACUACCAAAAAUUAAACAAAAGAAGAAAAUAGAUGCGGUUAAAAUGUAAAUAUGUUUAAUCUUUAAUACAUGUGGUUUAUGAAUUGCAAACCACCUUUCAACGGCUAUUGCUGCUGAUAAGAAUAUAGAACAUAUAGUUAAAAUAUGUAGAAGAGAUGAUACGCAUUUACACAUUAUAGUACUCUCAAUUAUUCUCAAUUCGUUUACAAUAGUUAAAGGAAUUGCUAUUGAACAAGUUAGCAGAUCCAUUAUCGCUAACACUUUAAUAAAAAAGUUUGCUAAUGUUGAAAAUUUAGCUUUAAAAGGAUAAAACUUUAGUAUAAUAAUAUUUGACGGAAUACCAAUAACUGUAUACAUUGUCAUUAAAGGAAUAAAUAAUAUCAAAUCGCUAUACAUUUUCAUACCAAACGUGAUAAGCAAGAAGAUUUUCUCAGGAGAAAAUUGAUGUAAAUCCACUUAUUUCCAAGUUGGUAAUGAUGUAGAAUGUAGUAGUGCAUUAAAGAAAAGUGUUAUAGUACAUAAACCUAACACUAUCCGCAUUAUUAAUUAGUAAUUACAGAAUAUAUAUACAGUGCAUAGACUGUAUAUAUUAGUAUAAAGAUAUAUAGUAGUAUUUCUUUCAUUAUGGCUUAGACAUUAUAUCAGUCAAUAUGCUUUCUUCUUUUUCCUAUUGAAGUAACUUUUUUUGUGUAAUACACAAAUUAAAAGAAUGAGAUAUACGGUAUAUAAAUGUAAUACUUGUUUCAUAUAUAUAGUAAAACCGUCUAAAUAUGUUUUCUCUGUAAACAAAUAUAAACAAAAAUGGCGGAGGGGUAUAGUCAAUAAUGAGUCUAUUUUUUGGUACUACUACAUAAGACUAUCGUAUCGUAAUAGUAAUAUAAUACGAUAUUUAAGUAUUUAAUGUCAAUAAACUAUGUGAGUUUCUACUUUUUUUCAAAUGUAUAAAUACUUUUAAAGAAUUAUCAAAA